AUGGAUAUAGGCACCGCCGCCGCCGCUCUCAUCGGAGGGGCUACAGUCGCAGGAUAUCUGAAUGCAAAGUUUCAUAUCCAGAAGGAUAUAUCAAUUUUGGCCACGCAGAAGCAUGCAGAACGACAAUAUGCCAAUGCCAUUGGUCAAAACCAAGGCAAUCCAUGGUUCGUUCUAGUGCAAACCGUGAAGAAAUAUCCCGACAUGAUCUGUCUUUGGACUCGGGAGAGAUCAUACACCUACCGAGAACUCCAAGACCAAGCCUGCCAAUAUGCCCAUUUCUUUCUAUCGCAGGGCGUGAAGAAAGGCGACCUUGUUGCCCUUUACCUCCAGAACAGCACCGAGUACAUCGUUGCAUGGGUCGCGCUCUGGAGCAUUGGGUGUGCCCCCGCCGCAAUUAAUUACAAUCUUACCGGCGCCGCAUUGCUGCACUGCUUGAAGAUCAGCGAUGCAACCAUUCUGCUAGUUGACGAAGAUGCAGACUGUCGCGCCCGUGUCGAAGAAAGCCACGACACUAUCACAGGCAAUCUUGGAAUGAAGCCGAUGACCCUGGAUAGCUCCCUGAAGGCGCAUAUCAGCACUUUCCCAACAACCCUCCCACCCAAGAAUCUAAGCAAGCAUAUAGCCGGCGAAUUCCCGGCAAUUCUUCUAUACACCUCCGGCACAACGGGUAUGCCCAAGGGCUGUGCAUUCACAAUGUCCAGACUCUAUACCAAUCUCUUCAUCCGCCGUGACUUGAUGGGAGACACACCCGGCCCAGCCGGUGAUCGCUGGUACAGCUGUAUGCCCUUGUACCACGGCACAGCGGCUAUAUCCAUGAUCGCAUGUCUGGUAAUGGGUAUUAGUAUCGCGAUCGCGCCCAAGUUUAGCGUCAGUAGAUUUUGGAAAGAUGUCCGCGACUCGGAGUCAACCAUUUUUGUGUAUGUUGGAGAGACUGCGCGGUAUUUGCUCGCGCCGCCCCCAUCGCCUCAAGAUCGGGAACAUAAGGUACGGUGUAUGUACGGUAACGGUCUGCGGCCGGAUAUUUGGGAGCGGUUCCGUGAGCGGUUCGGAGUCGCUGAAGUUGGGGAGUUCUUUAACAGCACAGAAGGUGUCUUUGGCCUCUUCAACUACAACCGCGGGCCUUUCACAUCUGGCAGUGUGGGUCACCAUGGUUUGAUCAUGCGUGGUGUAUUGCAUAACGUCUUUAUUCCUGUCGCUAUUGACCCGGAAACUGGAGAUAUAUUGCGGGAUUCCAAGACCGGCUUUGCGGUUCGCGCGCCUUAUGAUCAGGGAGGUGAGAUUAUCGUCAACGUUCCUGGUGAAGAGGCUUUCCAGGGGUACUGGCACAAUGAUGAGGCGACAAAUAAAAAAUUCUUGCGUGAUGUCUUCAAAAAGGGGGAUCUCUAUUAUCGAUCCGGAGAUGCUCUGCGUCGGCAGAGUGACGGCCGUUGGUACUUCCUCGACCGACUUGGAGAUACUUUCCGCUGGAAGAGCGAAAACGUAGCAACCGCGGAGGUUUCAGAGGUUCUUGGCCAAUUCCCUGGCAUCACCGAAGCCAACGUCUACGGCGUUCGUCUUCCCAACCACGAGGGACGCGCCGGGUGUGCAGCAAUACAAAUUAGUCCGGAUGCCCGUCAGGCAUUUGAUUAUUCAGCGCUUGCGAAAUUUGUACGCUCCAAGCUACCAAAAUACGCUGUUCCAUUGUUCCUUCGCAUUGUCGAGAAUCCCACUCACAUCCACAACCAUAAGCAAAACAAGGUGCCACUUCGGGAUGAGGGUGUUGAUACUGCUUUGGUUGGAACUAAGGCCCCUGAAGGCAAAGAUGACCGCUUUUUGUGGAUCGCACCUGGCGAUGAGAGCUAUUCACCGUAUGGAGAGAAAGAGUGGGAGAAAUUGUCAACUGGGAGUGCUCGAUUGUGA